AUGAUGAGAUGGCAACGGAGGGGGGUCCAGAAGUUCUCGGCAGCUCCAAACCAGUGGGACACUCGCCGCAAUGUUGAGUAUGUUCCGUCCUUUCCUCAUGACAGAUCGAAGACUACCUAUCUGUUCCGUGACAGCAGUUUUCAGCUUGGUGUCGCAAUGGUGCAUUGUGCAAAUGUGCAGCAUCGCACACCGCUGAUGAAACGGUGUGACACGGGCUUCGGUCGCGGAAAUAAUACCACUUUGGGCGAGAUGCCUCAAUUAGACCGAAAGAUCGACCCAAGCGACAUCGCAGUACCUACCUUGAUGCAGUGGGCCACGCAGUCUACAAUCUACAUGACCACUGGCCUCCCAGAUGAGUAG